AUCUAAACAUGGAGGGUCGGUACAACCUGAAAAGCCCAGCAGUGAAACGGCUGAUGAAAGAAGCUGCUGAACUGAGAGACCCAACAGAUCACUACCAUGCUCAGCCACUAGAGGAUAAUCUUUUUGAAUGGCACUUUACAGUUAGAGGACCCCCUGAUUCUGACUUUGAUGGAGGUGUUUACCAUGGUAGAAUUGUCCUGCCACCAGAGUAUCCUAUGAAGCCUCCAAGCAUUAUUUUACUAACGGCAAAUGGAAGGUUUGAAGUGGGAAAGAAGAUCUGUCUGAGCAUCUCUGGCCAUCAUCCUGAAACAUGGCAGCCUUCCUGGAGUAUAAGAACUGCUUUAUUAGCCAUAAUUGGAUUUAUGCCUACAAAAGGAGAAGGUGCCAUAGGUUCCCUGGAUUACACACCAGAAGAAAGAAAAGCUCUUGCCAAAAGAUCUCAAGACUACUUCUGUGAAGUAUGUGGGGUUAGCAUGAAGUCUACUCUACUACCUCUUAGCUCCAGUUCCAGCCAGGCUGAUGUGGAAGCGAGAGAGCUUGCCAGACAAAUCAGUUUUAAGGCAGAAGUGAACCCACCUGGAGGUGCUGAAAAUCACCCUAAUCAGUCACAAGAGAGAACUGAACCAAAUGCUCGCACACACCCUGAGACUGAGCCUGCAGAUGUAUCAACCUCUGCUGGUCAAGAAACAAGUCCACCAUCUCCCAGUACAAAUGUCUCCAGAAGUCCACGUCAGCGCCGUGCACAGCAGAGGAGAACUCCAGCCUCCACAGGACUCAUUCAGGUCCAGCAGCGUGCGGUUAAUGGGAGCAAUACUGGAUCAGCAGUUCUUAUUGUUGUACUGACAUUAGCAUUGGCUGCUCUUAUAUUCCGUAGAGUAUACUUGGCAAAUGAUUACAUCUUUGACUAUGAGUUAUAAUGUAUGGUUUUAUCCAUAAGCCAUUGGCAAGUGCCACAUUAAAUCAAUGUGCAUCAGGUAUGUGUGGAGAACUGUUUACAGAAGUGACAACUUGUAUUUACCUUAUUCAUAUGUUUUAACGAUUGCUUAUGUCUCAAGGGGGCUUUAUGAAAGAGUGUCUAAGUAGUUGCAUCUUUCCUGAAAAACAUCAUUGUAUAUGUUUAUCAGCUAUUGUACAAAUUAUAAUAAAUUCUCAUUCUGAUUUGAUCGAAAGAAAUCUGAACCCCACGAUAUAUUGUGUGGAGUGCUAAAAUAGAGACAGUCUUGUGGGGACUGCCUUAAUAUAUGAACUCCAAAAAACAAAAUGGCACACAGAAAAACUUCACUAGUGGGCAGAUUUAUUAAGGUUUGAAUUGUAAAUUAAAAUUUUGGAGUUGAAUUUUUGGGCAAAACUCACAAAUUCCAGUUGGGAAUAAUCCAAACUCUAAUUAAAAAUGUAUCCUACCUGGACCCUAUGAAAAACUCGAAUCUGACUAUUCACCACCUAAAACUUGCCGAGUUCAAGUAGAAGUCAAUAGCAGAGGUCCAGUGACGCAUUUAAAGAUGUUAAUAGCCUUCCUGACAUUCGAGUUUUAUUCAGAGAACAAAACUUGAUUUGAGUUGAGUCAAAUUCGAUUCGAGUUUUAGACAUUAGAGUUUUUUCUCAAAUAAGAGGUCAUUCAAGUUCAUUUAAGGAAAAAAAAAAAACCUUCAACAUUCGACCUUUGAUAAAUUAGCCCCUAAUUGUGGUCUUCUAGGGCAGAGUGAAAUUAUUUCCAUUUUAGUAUAUUUGCCUAAAAAAAGUUUUGGUUAAAUGAAGGUGUUUAAAUUGUACAUUUUCUGUGUGUAAAAACUGAAACAAGUUGUACCAUUGUAUACCUCAAAAAGGGAUUUACUCUUUCCUUUAUUCAUUUUCAGGCCAGUAUAUCACAAACAAUGAAAAUACAGUACUCCACAUGCAAAUCUGCAUUAAUGUUGUCUCAGAAUAGUUUCUACAACCUUUCAUGUUUUUAUUUUACUUUAUUUUAUUAUGUAUCACUCUCUUUUAGAGCAAUUUACUGUAUGCCCUUUAUUCUAUAGUUCAAAUACCUGGUUCCUCGAGUCAGUCAGCCUAAAAAGCACUUUAAAUUCCAAACUGCCCAACAAAAAACUAAAUAAAAACAUUGAAAACUGCUGCAAAAUGUCUUUGAAUGUCAUGGUGUAUUAGGGGCACAUCUAAUCUGCUAAAUCUGAAUCCUGCAAAAAGUGAGAUUUGUCUGAACCAAAACCUGGAUUUGGUGUUUCCUUAGUGCUUUGUUGAAACAAAUCUGAAUCCUGAAAAUACUGGAUAACUGAGUGACCAAUUAGGUGACCAAUUAUUUUUUUUUAAUUUUGUUUCUUAUUUCUCAAAUAUAAUUAUGCAAAUUAGGGUUCAAAUUUAGGUUGGUUUCAGGUUUAACUGAAUUAAAACAUCAGAGGAAAUUGUGUUUCCAAAAAAAAACAAAAAAAACAAAAAACAAGAUUUUGGAUUUAGGUGGAUUUGUGUGUGGUUAUUGGGUAUUUAAAGUGACAUCACUUUUUCAUUUUUUAAGUACUGUAAAUUUUAAUUUUACUUUAACAAACACAAAAAGCAAAUACAUAUGUUCAAAAAUAAAAACAACUCUUACUCUGAUAAAGUUGUGUUUUUCUUGUUUGGUGGAUGGUUAAUUCUCGCCAUACAUAAGCCAAGGUUGCUUGUAUACGCUGCCACUCAUUGUGUGAGGGUCUACAACAAUAGCUUCUGUAAUAUCAACACUAUAGACUGUCCCAGAUCUGUUUUAAAUGUUUUGAUGAUGGUGAUAAUCUGCUCCAACAAGGAUCAUUGCAAAGUGGGUUUCUCUGUAGUUUUACUCAAUGCAACAACUCAUGGUAGAAUACAGAAUCUAUUAUUAAAUAUGUAAUAUUUGUUAUUUACAGGUUGAAUAAAGGAAUACUUUAAUAUAAUUAUCGGGGGGGGGGCUUAGUGUUCCUUUUACAAUAAUCAAUGCUACAGAACUAAAGUGUAUAGACAUAAGUAAAGUAAUUAUUUUAUUAAAGAAGGGUCCAGCAAAUAAGGUGAUGCACUUAUAUUUUGCAUUUCAUUUUGUAGAUACAUUAUGCAGCAUCUGGCUGUCUCCUUCUGUAAGCUUAAAAAAUGUAUACCUUGCUUUUUUAAUUGCAGAUCAUUCUCUGUUUUAUUGCAUUUGUUACAUGUAUGUACUGUAUGUUAUGGACUCAAGUUAUUGUCCUCUACAAAUAUACAAGCAAUAAAUAAG